AUUUCUUCUCUGCAGCACCGUGUGAAGAAAGAGAGAGUUCCAAAGAUGACCGAUCAGAUAGCGAGAGCAGAAGAAUUCGAGAGAAAAGCCGAGAAGAAGCUCAGCGGUUGGGGUCUUUUCGGUUCCAAAUACGAAGACGCCGCUGAUUUGUUCGAUAAAGCUGCUAAUGCCUUCAAACUCGCCAAAUCAUGGGAUCAAGCUGGAGCUGUGUAUGUCAAAUUGGCUAACUGUCAUGUAAAGUUGGAUAGCAAACAUGAAGCUGCCAAUGCUUAUGCUGAUGCUGCUCAUUGCUAUAAGAAAACAAAUACAAAAGAGUCCAUAUCUUGCCUAGAGCAAGCUAUAAAUAUAUUUUUGGAUAUUGGAAGGCUCAAUAUGUCUGCGAGAUAUUAUAAGGAAAUUGCCGAAUUGUACGAGCAAGAACAAAACUUGGAGCAGUCUAUUGUUUUCUAUGAAAGGGCAGCUGAUCUAUUCCAAAGUGAAGAAGUAACAACAACUGCAAAUCAAUGCAAGCAGAAAAUUGCACAAUUCUCUGCUCAACUUGAACGAUACCAGCCAGCGAUUGAGAUAUACGAAGAGAUAGCACGCCACUCUCUUAACAAUAACUUACUGAAGUAUGGAGUCAAAGGACAUCUUCUUAAUGCUGGCAUUUGCCAACUCUGUAAAGGCGAUGUUGUUGCGGUUACUAAUGCAUUGGAGCGAUAUCAGGACCUGGAUCCAACCUUUUCAGGGACACGUGAGUACAGAUUGCUGGCGGAUUUGGCUGCUGCAAUUGACGAGGAAGAUGUUGCAAAGUUCACCAAUGCUGUCAAGGAAUUUGAUAGCAUGACCCAGCUGGAUGCGUGGAAGACAUCUCUUCUGUUGAGAGUGAAGGAAGCAGUGAAGGCUAAAGAGCUGGAAGAGGAUGAUCUUACUUGAAUCCACUGCUAUUGGAACACUGAUCUGCAUUUGUUUAUAAUUAUUGCAUUGAAUUGGAUGGUGGUGUUUCACUGCGAUUGCUUAAAUAUUUCUUGUGAGUUUGUGAGAUUGGAAUGUAGUUUUGUUCCCUAAUUGUGGCUGGGGACGAACUUAUAUGUGCGAAGAACUAAAGAAUCUAUGAAGAAAAUGAUUGAAUUGAUUGGAUUGAAGGGCACAGUGUCUUGUGCUGGAUGCUUUUAUGUGCUAAAAAGUUGCCCCGACUGCUAAAUUCACUAAUUCAGAGUGUUAUGUGGUUGAAUUGAAUGCCCUCGUUGGUUGGUUUAUCGAAUCGCCCUUAAUAGUUGCACAA